CCUCCGUAGGUGAUGGGUGACGGUGAUGGCGCCGCCGGCCCCAGCGACCUCCUCCUCCUCCUCCUGACGGCCCGCCCGCCCCUGCCCGCCCCGGGGGAUGGAGCUGCCCGCGCAGAGCCCGCCGAGACAGGCAGCAGCUCCCUGGGGGGCCUGGCCCGCUCCCUGCAGAAGGCGGAGGCCAUGCUGCGCAGCUGCGUCAGCCCUGGCCUGCGACGCCUGCUGCCCCCACGGCCCCGCGAGCGCAGCUACAACAGCAGCGAGGAUGAGGAGGAGGAGGAAGAGGAGGAAACACCAGCUCUCCUGGCCCUGCUGGAGCAGAGCUUCCCAGGGCUGCACCGUUGCCUCUACGUCUGGGAGGACCCCCGCACCGAGACCUUCCGGGGCCAUGUGCGUCCCCAGCCCGGUGACAGUGCCGCCGCCACUGCCUUCUCCUACCACCCCGUCCACCCGCGUGUGGCCGAGCGCGGCGCUGCCCUGCACGCCCUGCUGCAGCACCGCCACCACCUCCGCCUCGCCCGUGACUACAGUCGCCGGCUGAAGGCUGCCUCCGACUUCCUCCGCCGGCUCCUGGCACUGGUGGAGCAGCCAGAGCAGCCGACGGGGGAGCUGGGAGCCACCGGGCCGCUGCGGGGGCUCUGCCAGGAGCUGCGGACACACGCCGGCCACUGGAGUGGGCUGCGGCGGCGGAUGCGCAGUGACCCGUGGCUGCGGCCGCUGCUGCUGCGCAGGCACGAGUCGGUGGCACACAUGCGGCGGGCGCUGCUGCUGCUGGCGCUGCAUGCCACCCGGCUAGCCGAGCGCCAUGUCGAGGCACGGCUGCGAGGGCUGGCACGGGCCGGCCCUGCUGCCUCCCCGUCUCCGGCGCUGCUCUCUGACCUCUUUCAGGGCCUGGAGAUCUACAACAAGGUGGUGGGCAACCUGGCCCUGGAGCUGGGCAUCACCAGCCGCCUGCCCACCGGCAUCCCUGGCUGCCCCGGGGCCACCGGGGACUGCUCCCAUGCCUUCCCUGUGGCCAGAGUGCUGGAGAUACUGGCAGCUGAGCGGGGCCGUGUGGCGGCUGAGCGGCUCGAGCCUCUCCUGGUGCCACGGGAUGGGGAUGGUGGGGCAGAACACGUCUGCUGGGAGGACGCCACAGUGCCUUGGCUCCCGGAGCGUGGCACCACAGCGGCGGAUGCAGGACCCUCAGGACAGGAGGAGCUGCCGGGCCUCGCCGUGGAGCUGCAGGCGCUGUGCAGGGAGGACCAGGAGCUGAUGGGCCUCGUCCUGGGGACGCUGGUGGCCUCCGCCGACAGCCUCUGGCACCACAUCCUGCACGGGCCCAAGCAGGAGAAGCCGCUGGCUGCGGAGAGCCCCCAGUCCCUGGAGCCACCAGCAGGCAGCCUGGGCACGGCCACCAGGCCAAGCUCUGCCGGCUGGAAGUCGGUGCGGUGGCUGGACGCCUCCCGCGCACCGGCGGCCGAGGCCCUGCACGCCCAGUACCGCCCGCUCUUCUGGGGGGCCACCAGCACUGCGCUGGGGCACCGCCUGGGGCUGCCCCACUGCAGGGCUGGUGGGGCCAUGGCGACUGCCCGGGAGUUGGGCUGUGCUCUUGCCCAGGGCCGCAUCCCCCGGGAGUGCGAGGAGGAGCUGGGGCGGCUCUGCCUGCGCCUGCUCUGCUGGGGUGUCCUCCGGAGCUGGGAGCAAGACUUUGCUCGUGCUCUGGGCUCGGGUCUGUCUGACAAGUGCUCCGGGGAGCUGGUGCCGGCGGCAGGGCCGGUGCGGAGCAGGACGGCACGAUGCCUGCAGCGGCUCUACCCAGCCCUGGCCUUCGCCCUGCGCUGCCUGCGGCCCCUGCCCACCUGCCUGCCCGGCCGCCCCCCCGGCUCUCCCUGCCUGCGCCUACAGGUGCUGGGCUGCUGCCUGGCCACGGCACAGGCUGCCUGCUCCUGGCUGAUGGGCAGAGCCUUCCGCUACCUGGCGGCAUGGGCCCUGCCCCAGUUCCUGCUCGUCACCCAGGGGGACCUGCAGCUGCUGAAGAUGGAGACAGACAGGCUGGUGGUGCUGGUGAGCGAGACCUUCCCAGAGCCCGGGGAUGUCCCCCCGCAGCUGCCCCCUGCCCCGCUGUGCCACCAGGAGCACCACCUGUGCCAGCAGAUUCGCUCCAUGGCUGCCAGCAUCCAGCUCUUCUCGGGGGAUGUCCUGAAGAUGUUCUCCACCGACUGCAAGCGGAUGUCGGCGGAGAUCUUUGACCAGACCAUGCCACUGGGCAAGCACUGGAGGGUCGGCCUCCGCGCGGACCUGCCCAGUUCUCCCAGUGAGUACGCGGCAGCAGCAGCCCAGGCGGUGCUGGGCCAGGUGCUGCAGGGCGCCCAGCUCCUGCCCCGGGAUGCCCAAGCGCCUGCCCUGGCCCGGGUGACCACGGCCUUCUUGGAGGCUUGGAUGGACCACAUCCUGGCCCAGAGGAUCAAGUUCAGCCUGCAGGGAGCCUUGCAGCUGCGGCAGGACUUCGAGCUGGUGCGGGAGCUGGUGGGAUCCGAGCGCUAUGGGCUGGCCCCCGAGACCCGGCAGUCCCUGCUGUCCCUCCGCGUCUUCCAGCAGAUGGACGGAGCCAUCCUCUGCCUCCUGCAGCAGCCCGGCGGGGCGGCCAGCGUGCCCCCCCGCCCCUGGCACUCCCUGCGUCGCUGCUGCUCAGACAACGGUGCCCACCCCCAGGAGCCGGCAGCGGGCAGCCUGCACGGCCUGGAGACCUUGGAGGUACCGGGGGCAGCAGCGGGGACCCCCCCGGCCACCCCCGAGUCCGAGGUGCCGGGACGACUGCGAAGCGGAGUCCCCGAGUCCUACCUCUCAGGCAGCCAGCAGCAAUGGCUGUCGCUGCGGCUGCACCGUGCCCGCCGCUGGCGUGUGCCCGGCUUGCCCUGUGUCGGUAACACCCCCGAGACCUGACCGGCAAUAAAAGCGGUUGGAGCCCGG